AUGAUUCGAACACAUAAUAAAGCGGAUGAAAAUUCACUUCGACCAUCCCCUUUUCUACCAAUAGAAUGUUUACAAGAAAUAUUUUCCUAUUUUCACGAUGAUACAUUAAUAUUAUCAAAAUGUUUGCGAGUUAAUAAAUUUUGGUUUGAAAAUGCGGCAUCAAUUCUUUGGAAAUCACCCUUUGGACAUUUACAUACUCCUCCUUCAAUAAAAUUAAUUGAAACUUGUUUAAAAUUUCAUGAUGCUCGUUUAAAGAAUGCAUUGGCUCAUGUUGGAAUCCCUUUACCACCUUCCACUUCCUCUACAUCAGAAUUUAUUUAUGCACCAUACGUAAGAGAACUUCGUUACAAAGGUUUAUAUGAUGCAGCUUGUGAUUUUAUAUUUAACAGCAGUGAUUAUUAUGAACAAAAACGACAUGGUGAUAGCGAUCGUCAAAAGGAUUUAAAAGGGGAAAGACGAUUACUCGCAUUAGUCGGGGAGUUAAGCUUAUUCUUCAUUCGAAAAUGUUCAUCAAUCGAUGUAAUAUCAUAUGAUACCGAAGAAAUUUAUUUUUACGCUCAAGAUUUGUACUUGUCAUCAUUAAAUUCACUGUCGGAAGCGUUUCAAUUAUUUAAGCGUGUCAAAAGGUUAACGAUUGGGGGAAAAUAUGAAAAGGGUACUUUAAUGAGUAACAUGUCAAGGUUUUGCAAAAAUCUUUUAUCCUUGGAAUUGAAUUUUUAUGAGUUUGAUAUGUAUGAUUUAGAUGGUGAUCAAAAUGAACCCAACAAGAUGUCAACCCUUUUAUCGGUACAGAAGUCUUUACUCAAUUUAACCGUUCGAGGUCCUUUUCGAUUCUUAUCAAAUGUUUUGGCUCCUUUAAAGUCACAAGCGAAAACGUUGAGUCACAUCGGUUUUGAAAGAGUUCGAUUUAAUAAUCCUUUACCUUUGGAAUCCGUUGCCACUUGUAUAAAUUUGAAGACUUUAAUAUUUGAAGAUUGCGUGAACCUUCAUGAUAAAACUCUAGCACCUUUGGCAUCAGCUUCUUUUCAUCGAUUAAAAAAAUUGGUUUUUAAAAAUGCGCAUCAAUUAUAUUUAGAUAAUUUGGCGAGAUUAAUUAAAAAUACUCAAGGGUCACUUAAAGAAAUAAGGUUUAGAAGACGUGAAUUCAAAAAUAUGGUAGUGAGUAAUGUACCGGAUAUCCCAGUUAAAGUGAUAGAGGUUAUUUCCCUGUGUUGCCCCAACCUCGUGAUAUUUGAGGGUCACGUAGAAAAGGAGUCCAUGCCUCAUUUUCUUAAAAUUUACGCGUCAACAUUUUUAGAAAAAUUAUUUAUUUCCGUGGAAUAUAAAAAUGGUGAAUUCUUUAGAUCUCAAGUAGCGUUUCAAUUGCCCGACACCUUACGUCACUUAUCAAUCUCUACUAAGGAUUACUUUUCCAGAAAAGACUUGGAUCAAUUUUUAACUUUAUGUUCCGCUCCUUUAGAAAGUUUACAAUUUCCUCAAUCUUUGUAUAUCAAUGAUGAUUAUCUUGAUUUAAUUACUAAAAAGGUUUGGACUUUGAGGUUGGUUACCUUUUCAAAAAAUUCCUUAAUUACCGAAAAAGGGAUUCAACGAGCUAGGAAAGUCAUUUCUUUUGUGAGAAAGAAUGGGGAAGAAUAUGUAUGA